CUCUCUCCCUUGCACUACUAUCAGCUCAUCAAGUCUUGUCAGAUAUUCUCCAUCAAAGAUGACGCUACCACCCACAACAUCAGCCUUGGCCAUCGUACCAGACGUGACCGUUGCACAGCUCAUCGGUUCCGAGCCUGUCCCACUUGCCUACGGGCAGCUGCGACUGGAAGAGGUGAGCUCCAGCAGCAGUUCCUCUACCUCUACCUCUACUUUGGAUCCCACCAGCACACCGGUCACGGCCUCUGCUGCCGCUACCUCCGCCUCUGAGCCUAUCCUACUGGUGCGCGUGGGGGAGAAGGUCGUCUUUCCCCUCUAUGCACACACCAUCUUCGGUACACACGCAGACGAAGAGACAUGGUAUACCUUUGACUUGCCACUACCGCCCGUCGAAAGCAGUGCCUCUGCCCCCUCGUCGUCUGUCCCUUCGUCUUCGACCGAGCCUGCGGGAGAUGCUCAGUCCAAGACUUGGGUAAGGCUGGUUCUACCGCCCCUGUCCACCCCUGAAGUCCUCUCUGCUCGAGACACAUUCGAGGACGCACUCAUUGCCCGCUCUCUACUCCUCUCUGGCGUGCGCGCCGCAGGUGAUGAGCUAGGCUCCUCGGCCACCGAGACUGGGACAUCUCUCUCCUCUUCUCUCUCGCAGGCAAGCCAAUCACACAUCUCUACCACCUCGGCAGACGGUGCGGGCGAGGGAGCUUGGAAGUUUAGCAGGGCCAGCCAUCGUACCUCUGAGAGUGUGCUGAGGGGUAGCCAGGCCCUUAGUGGUGCAACGCAGACUGCUGCUGAAGCCAUGGCUGGACUAGCCACGGCUGCUGGAGGAGCCCUUGGUUCGGCCUACCAGAGCAUCGCGGGUAGUUUCGGUGGUGGAGCUUCUGCAAGCAGUGCAGAGGACCAACAAGCGGCGAGCGACUCUCGUGUGAUGCCAAACACCCGCGAUGCCCUCUCCGACGCCUUCAAUGGUGCCUCCUCUGGUGCUUCCUCGCUGUACAAUACCGCCACGACGGAAGCGCCUCGCUUUGUUCAACACAAUGCGGGCGAGGAAGCAGCCAAGCUUGCAAACGAGGUGGGACAGACUGCUUCGAAUACCGGCGGAGCACUGGUGGAUGUGACGCUGGGGACAAGUACGAUCUUCCAUGGAGCUCAGGCUGCUAAGGGUGCUGCUGGAGCUGGGGAGACAGAGGAGGCAAGUAAGGGUGAGGCAAGUACGAGCUAGAUGGCAGAGUAAAAAAGAAGUCAUUGAAGGAUAGAGAUAGGCAGGG